AUGUCCACGUCCACCCGCGCGAUCAACUUUGGCGCAGGACCCUCGGCGCUACCGGCGUCUGUGCUCGAGGAAGUCUCCGCCGCGCUCUUUGACUUUGCGGGGACAGGCAUCGGGAUCGCCGAGAUCUCUCAUCGCUCGAAAGAGUUCACUGCCUGCCUCAAAUCGCUCGAGUCGCACAUCCGCACCCAGCUCAAGGUUCCGCCCACGCACUCGGUGCUCUUCACCCAGGGUGGUGGCUCGCUCCAGUUCUCGGCCGUCGUCCUGAACAUGCUCGCGCGCCAUCGUCUGCUGCACCCCGAACUCACUGAGGAGCAGCGAACACUUGACUAUGUUCUCACUGGCUCCUGGAGCAAGAAGGCCAGCGAAGAAGCCAAGCGUCUCGGUGGAGGAGCGGUCCACAUUGCUCUCGACGCGCGCAGCUACUCGAAAGACGGCAAGAGCUUCGACAACAUCCCACCCCACGCCGAAUACGCGUUCAGCGCAGACCCAGCCUUGAUCUACUACUGCGAAAACGAGACUGUCGACGGCGUUCAGUUCUCUAAUGACCCUCAAGCAUCGACGUUCUUCCCGUACGAGCUCCUCCGCCAACGCGCAAAUGGCGCACUUCUCCCGCUCGUGGGCGAUUACAGCUCGAGCUUCAUGAGCCGGCAUAUCCCGCAUCUUGCCGACCAUGCUGUUGUGUUCGCCGGUGCACAGAAGAACAUUGGGCCGGCCGGGUUGACAAUCUUGAUCGUGCGCCAGGAUUGUAUCGUCGAUGUUGAUGCGGCGGCUGCGUUAGGCGCGGCACCCGUUCCGUUGACGCUGAGUUACAAGACGUUGGCCGACAGCGGAAGCUUGUACAACACACCCAGUGUGUUGCCGGUAUACGUGGCCGAGCGUGUGCUCGCGCGGGCGGAGAAGCUCGGUGGUCUGGAGUAUCUCGAGAAGAUGAACAAGCUGAAGGCGGAGAAGGUGUAUGCCGCUGUGAGGAAGGGAGAAGAGAAGGGCGUGUUCCAGAGUCGAGUGCAGCAGGGUGCGGGAAGCUGGAUGAAUGUUUGCUUCAUCGUGCUGGGCGAGGGUGCGGAGGCGCGGUUCAUCGCUGACGCAGAAAAGGAGGGCAUGAAGGCACUCAAGGGACAUCGUUCGGUUGGAGGUAUUCGUGUGUCAUUGUAUAACGCCAUCGAGGAGUCAGAGGUCGAUAAGUUCGUGGCAUUUGCUGAAAAGUUCAUCGAGGAAGAGUCUGGCAAGACAGCCUCCGCAUAG